UCUUGGCUCGGGCGCGCGCCACUCGUUGGCGGGGGCGGCCUCGUCCGCCUCGUCCAAAAUGGCGGCGGCGCCGAGGGGCCCUCGGCUCCCUUAUGGGGGGAGAGGCCCAAACUGCUGUGCUUGGACAGGGGCUGCGUCGAGGGAAAUACCAGUAGAGGCUACUGGGUUGUGUAACAGCCUCCAACAACUGAUAUGCAUGUGGUGAGGUCCCAGUUGAUCUAUAAGGGAAUAAACCUCUUGUGGAGCUGACAGACUCAAGCAUGGCUGUAUUGCAUUUUCUUAUCUUGAGGUACUUGCCAAAUGCUGGAAGAAGGAAGAUACUUGGUUUUGCAGUGAAAACUCCUAUUUUCUUGGAACCUUUUUUAUAUGAGAGAUGUACUGAACAACCCUUUUCAAUAGCUCCAGUAGGAAAUCCGUCGCUUGGCAGGCGCCGAGUGCGAGCGGCAGCUGCGCUGCCCCGCCGCCCCGAGGUGGUCCCCUGCUCGCGGGGCGGCACCAUGCAGACCUUCCUGAAGGGGAAGCGGGUGGGAUACUGGCUGAGCGAGAAGAAGAUCAGGAAGCUAAAUUUCCAGGCCUUCGCCGAGCUGUGCCGGAAAAGAGGAGUAGAAGUAGUACAGCUUGACCUCACCAAACCCAUUGAAGAUCAGGGCCCUUUGGAUGUGAUCAUACAUAAACUGACAGAUGUCAUCCUUGAAGCAGACCAGAAUGACAGCCAGUCACUGGAGUUGGUUCACAGGUUCCAGGAGUAUAUUGAUGCUCAUCCAGAAACCAUUAUCCUGGACCCUCUCCCGGCUAUUCGUACACUUCUGGACCGGUCCAAGUCUUACGAACUAAUUCGGCAAAUAGAGGCAUAUAUGCAAGAUGAGAGGAUCUGUUCACCACCCUUUAUGGAGCUGACAAGUGCCUGUGGAGAAGAUACCUUGGAGCUUAUAGAGAAGAAUGGACUGGCAUUUCCAUUCAUUUGUAAAACCAGAGUGGCCCAUGGAACCAAUUCUCAUGAGAUGGCGAUCAUCUUCAACCAGGAGGGCCUGAAAGCUGUCCGCCCCCCUUGUGUCAUUCAGAGCUUCAUCAACCACAACGCCGUGCUGUAUAAAGUCUUCGUGGUUGGGGAGUCCUACACAGUGGUGAAAAGACCGUCUUUAAAGAACUUCUCUGCAGGAAUCUCAGACAGAGAAUCAAUAUUUUUCAACAGCCACAAUGUUUCCAAACCAGAGUCUUCAUCCGUCUUAACAGCACUGGAUAAAAUUGAAGGAGUAUUUGAGCGGCCAAACGACGAUGUCAUCCGGGAAAUCUCUAAGGCACUCCGGCAAGCUCUGGGAGUUUCCCUCUUCGGAAUUGACAUCAUCAUUAACAAUCAGACUGGGCAGCAUGCGGUCAUUGAUAUAAAUGCAUUCCCAGGUUACGAGGGUGUUUCUGAAUUCUUCACAGAUCUCCUGAACCACAUAGCUGCUGUUCUGCAGGGUCAGGUACCUGAGGUGACCCAGCUAAACUGCAGCAAGCUCCUGGCAGAGCAGACCGGUGGGAUCAUGGACGAGCGGAUAUGCUGUGCUAGCACAGGCUGUCUCAGCGUCAUGGGAAAAGACUCCUCCUGGAUUGUGGAAAGCGAGACCAACAGCUCAGUAAAACUGCAACACCAGAGACUAGGCUGCAACUCAGCAGUGUCCCCCAGCUUCCAGCAGCACUGCGUCGCUACGUUGGCAACAAAAGCUUCUUCUCAAUAACUUGCCAAUACCAUGGACUGAGAAAAAGCCACAGGGAUACAAACUGUGGUCUCAGAGCCAGAUCAGGCUGUAACAAUACAAUUGAGAAAAAAAAUGAAAAAAAAAACCAAACCAAACACAAAACACAACACAAAAAAGCAAAAUUAAAAAACCCUUCCAUUUGAUUUAACCUAAUGCGCUGAUAAAACGGACUGAAAGGGGAAGAGUGAGAAAGUGAUUCAGAUCCAUUUCAUCAGAUUCCAGUUGCAAAUCUGUAGAGAGUUUACACAUACAUGUGUUUUAACACUAGUCCUUUCAUUGUGGGAGGGUUGCUCUUUCAUUUCUAUUGUUCUUUGUAAUCACUGGUGACCAGCAUUUUAAAAUCGGACCUCAUGGUAUCAAGAAGAUAAUAAUUUUGAAAUGCAGUGUCUGAAUGUAACAAUGCUAGAGACUUUUGCCUAAAAUAUUCCCUGUUCCUUUUUUUUCCAGGUAGGCCAUUGCAUAAGAAGGCUAAGAUAACUUCAGUAUCACUAAACCAAAUCUCUUGAAACAUUGACCAGUCAAGAUGUUGACAGGUAGCUUGCUGUGAAGCCUCUGCACUUUGAGUAGGACAGAGCAGCCUGCUUGUUCAGGGGCAGAGCCAAGGUGAUCACCCCUGUUCCAGCCUUGCAGUUCUUCCCCCAGGCCUCACUGCUUCAGUCAAAAGCAGCUUCUAACCACAUUUGCCAAAAGUGACAUAUUUCAUCCAGAGAGGGUGCCAGUAUUUAGGCUGAGUGAUUUGAGUGGAUUCAAUCGUCUGCUAGUACUGAAAUCCUGGAAGAGUUAAUGGAAGCAGCUGAUCUCUUAGCGGAGAAUUUAAUUCUCUGUCCGUUGCACUUGUGAGGACUCUGGGAGAGCCCUGAAAAAAGGCUGGCAGAGCUGUGCAUUUUCCUUGGAGCAGUACACCUGGUCUGCAUAUCCUGAGGGGUAACUCAGUUGCUGCCUUCCACAGAUGCAUGCUGCUGUGCAUUCUUUUCUGCAAAUUAAAUAUAAACAGAAUUGUGUACCUUCAUAUGAGGUAGAAGUACAGGACAGCUCUAGCUUGGAGACCACGUUAUUUUGUUGCAAGCUGCCAGGUGAGGCCCUAUGGUAAUUUACAACUGUGCUUUAUACUCUUUGUAAACUAUAGCGUGGCCAAUUUGUUAUCUCUUGAGAUAUGCAGUGAACCAGUGGUGUUCACCCUCUAUUGCAUCUCCUAGCAUGGCAGCAUCUUCUGCUGUUGAGAAUUCCUGCAACUUUUGCCAAUUCUGAACACUAAAUUAGAAAUAUCCAAGUGCUGAGAAUGGAGACACUAUUUUGGUAGAAGGAGUGGCCUUCUAUUCCCCUUAUAAGCCCUAACAUACAUUUUAGAGUGGUGGUGUUAAGAAAAUUUCCUUAGUUAAGCUCCUAGCUUGCAUAUACAGGAAUUUCUGUCUUUCUAAAGCAGGUGUUCAUAAAGCAUCCACCACUGCAGCAUCUAAUACCAGUUUGGUUAGUAUCAUCUGGUAGAUAGCUACUUGAAAGGAUCUAGAGCUUAAAGCCCAGGUAGGUCAUGAAGAGAGGAUUAAACUGUAAAAAAGAUGUCACCACCCUACCUGAUAGUACCAAUCCUGGAGGGGAAACAGUUUUGAAGAGUGUCGUGUAGCAAUUGUUUUGUGUAAUGAUUUUUCCUUAGGAGAAAUUGGUCUUCUUCCAAAAUGCCAUUCUUGGGGAUUUCCUGUAGCCGAGAUUGAUUUUUUCAGGAUGAUUUACACAAUAGAAGAUGAUUCCACCUCUAGAGGGAUUACUAACUUUAAAAUAUUUCUUUGGGGACUGAAAGGACCUUAUGAGUGUGGUAUCGAUCAGAUUCCAGGGUACACGUAAAUGCAGCCAACUUCCCCAAGUAUUGCAGACCAGUUCUGAGCUGGGCACACUUCCCAACCCUUGUAUGCUUUGAGGCUGCUGGAUCCCAUGUUGUCUGCAGCUCGCAGGGUCCGAUGGUUGUGGUGUGAGUGAGUCAGAUGUACAUAGGGGUUUAUAAAAGUAUUCAUGACAGACCAAACCUUUCGUAAAGCCAUGACUGAAAUAAAAUUGACAUCUACACUUCGGGGUUUGUUUUUGUUUGUUUAAAAUAAAAAGUGUUUUUAUGUUACGUGUGUAACAAAAGAUACCCUCAGGAAGGAACUUGCCAGUGCAUAUUUUUGUAUGGUACUUUCUUGUAACCAGCUGGUGGAGUGUUUGUAGACUUGCCUAUUGCUCCUUUUAUUACAAUGGCUUGGGCUUUUUUUGGUUUUUUGGUUUUUGUUUCUUUACUGGGUGGCGGGGACGGAGCAAUGAUGUUAAAACUGCUUUACUAACUCAAGACCUUUCAAACUAAGUAUGUUUACAUGAAUUGAGUGUUGGAUCCAAUGGAAAUGUCUGUAUGCUGUUUCCUAGUUAGAACAUCAGAUAAGAAUUUUAUUUUCCUGGCUGCCUUCUGAAUUUUGGUUGGCCUAUUUUGCACUGCUUUGUUUCUCCAAAAUAAACUACUGAAAUAUAAUUGUGCAUUUUAAACUUGUUUACAAAUGAUUGUUAGAAGUUUAUUUUGUAAUUCUCUUAAUGCUUGCAGAAAUACUAUAUUUAAAUAUUACUCCAGACCUUGGCAGUAACUAGAAAACAAGUUUAGAUCAUUGGUGUGAUCAGUGACAUUUUUCCCAUAGUCUGUAAUUUAUUUUUUAUUUAUCGAAUGUAUCGGUAUCACUUUAAUUUACCAGGUGCAGAUAUGCAGGUACCUGUUGUGAUGUGGCAUUACAAUAGAGUUUUCACAGAAAUAACCAUGCAAUUGCUAUACUACUAUAUUUCCUUGCAGAAAUUAAUGUUAUGGCUCGUAUAUUAGAAUAUUACUAAAUCACAGGGGCAAAUCGGGAGACCAACUUUUAAAAGCCAAAACUGUAAAUUACCAAGUAUCCAGACAUACAGUUACAUUAUUGCAAAAUAUUCAAGCAUGAGUAUGUUAUUAAGCCUGUGCUAAAGUGCUUUUCUGAAUUGCUGCCUCAUUUGGUAAUUUCAGAAUAGUUUUGAUUUAAGAUAAGCUUCACAGUAAGUUAGUUAAUACUCUGUAGUCUUGUCUUUCUUUGUAAAAGUAGAGGAGUGUAGUAGCAUUAGACCAUACCAGAAUGCCCUUGCUCUUAAAAUUGCAGACAAUCCGAGGAGCUUUUCCAUAAUGUCUGUUUGAAUUCUGUUACUGUGGGUUAGAAAAAGGUUUUUCUGUGUUUUCAGAGGCAUUGAUAUUAUUGCUGUGUUUGUGGGAGCAAUUGUAUUAAAAUUACAUGGUCACCAGUUAGCUUUUUAGGGAUUUAUUUUUGUUCUGCUUCACUGUUAGAAAUCCACAAGAACGCCAUUAACUUGACUGGAAUUUCUCCAUGGUUUGUGUCAGCAUGGUGGAGAAGAUGGGACUCUGGUUUCCACUGUAAUUACAUAAUCAGCUUCAACAGGUGAAGAUUUUUCCCUGUUGAAGAGAACUUGAGUAGUAUUACUGCUGCCUGCAAUGUAAAGUCAUCACCACCCUCCUCCCCGUCUAGCUGGCUGGGCCACAUUGUGCUUGAGUUUGUAGCCUAUGCCAGAACAUCCUGGUCAUUAUGUGAAAAUGUGAAAACCAGUUGCAGAAAUGCAGCCAAACCAGGAGCAUCGGUGCUGGCACCUGUGGUUUGUGUAAUGUAGAACUGUCACUGGGCCAAAGAUGUUUUGCCUUUGGUUGACCACGUCUGGCUGUGCAACCUUUGUGCUGAGGAGCUGAUUGACUGGGCUGGGCGGCAGAGAAGAUAUAUUUAUUAGUACUAUUCAGACUAUUGUAAUGAUAAAGCUGUUCAAAGCUCUCCAUCCUCAACGUGGGAAUGUUUGUGCAGAGGAGGUCUGUAGCAGGGUGUGCUGAUGGAAAUCUAACAGUUCAAUUUGUUUUCAUUAUAGAUGAUUACAAAUUAAGGACCCGACUCUGAGGUUUUCAGGAGGUUAUGAGGAUUGCUCAAGAUAAAGCCUCCAGUUCUUCAGAUUAAACGUGAACAGUAUCCAGCCAGGGAACAACCAGGUGGAGUAGUGGUUGGAUAACAGAGGCAGAAUACAGUCCAAAGGCAACAGAUAAAAUGGGGCCAGAGGUGUUUGAAUUGGCUAGCAAAAAAACCAAAACAAAACAAAGUAAAAAUGUUUCUUGUUGUUUCCAUCCAAUUAAAAAAAUCCAGACUUCUCAGUUCUUAGGCUAAAACACUGGUUUCCUAAAGUCUUUGCGUGGCAGCAGUGACAAGUGAGUCAGGCUUUUCCACACUAGCUUGCAGCCUUGCCUUCCACAGCUGUGCAGAAAAUCUUGGGUUUUGGUUUUUUAGUGAAUGGAGUCUAUUUUGAGUUCAUAGCAGUCUCCCCAUGUGCACUCUUGCAGGAAUUCACUUGCAUUACCCUGCUAAGUUUUUUUUCCUCUCUCCUUUUUAGUAAGAGAUGUAUUGAUUUCUGUAUUCAGUAUAAAAUUACUUUAUGGCGUGUUUUGUAAUUAGGAGUAUGUGAAAAUGCUUUGUGUAGAUUAAAAUAUUUCCUUUAAUAUAAUCUCCUCUCGCUUUCAUAGAUAAAUGGACAUGCUGUUGCAGAUCACAUUACUGAUUUUAUUUGUAAUAUUGCUUUAAUAUCUAUUUCAGAGGAAUGUAACCUCCAGAAAAGUACUUUCCACAUCUUCACUACCUUUCCUUUCCCUCUUUCACUGUGUGUGAAUCCAGGCCAUCAACACCUGAGCUUUUGACUGGAUGGGUUUCAGAUCCUACGUGGAUUCUGUCAAAAUUACAUGGCCACAAAAGUUACUAAAGAUGGUUGAAGUUUUUGAGGACCCAGGUAUAAAUGGAGAUGUUAGAGUGAUUCCUCAGCAACACAAGCACAGUAACAUUUGCAGCAAACAAAGGAAAUCAUUUUCACUCUGUGUGUGCUGUUGGCUGUUGGGCUCUGGUCCACCCUGCUGUUGGGGUAGUUUUCCUGUGGAAAUGAAAAAAUCCACUGUGAGGAAACAUCCUGUAUCUGUGAUGCAGAAGGAGGGCAAGGAGGGUAGGGCUUGGGAGUAAAAUCCUGGCCAGUGGACACCGUGAUACCAGUGGUCCAGAAUUUCACUCUGAGGUUUUUAAUAGCAAUCUGGGGAGAUGUUUUCUUUCUCUCCAUGAUUCUUAUCCUGAAUCCACUGGGGCAGAUGCUAGCAGAUGCCUGUGGCCCACAUGAUCUCAUUAGCAGGUGACCUUGCCCAGCAUAUCAUAAGUUUGCAGAGGGCUCUCAAUGUAUUGGGAAGUUUUUGUUGAUGGCCGGGAAAUCUUUUGAAACUCCAGAAAUAGCUGAAACAGCAAAUGGAGUUUAUGAAAAUCAGGUCUUCCUCUUCCAGCCUUUUUUAAGAAACCCACAUUUUAUUUCCUUCUUCGUUCUUUACACAGUAGUUUUUAGAUAUAAAUUAUUUUAACUUUUUUUGUGUGAAAAGUCAUAUAUACAUAUAUAAAGUUAUUAAAAGGUUGAGUAUAUGUUGAGUAUAAAAUAGUGACUUCUUUGUUUCAGAUGUUAGCAGUCCCUAAAAUGGGUUGUCUAUCCUCUUGUAAAGUCAGUGCUGUAAAAAAAUAUUAAAAAAUAAAAAAUGUAUUAGAUGUAUCUUUUAUUAUUUAUUUCUGAUUCAGUAUUUGGUACAGCUUGUGUAUACCCUUGUGAUAACCACAUACUAAAAACACUGUCAUUCUUAAAAUGGAGUAACAACAGUUCCUUGGGAUCCCAACAGUUUUGAGAAAAUUGGCCCUCUGGGUGUGAAUAGUGUUGGAUAUUGUCCUUCAGUCUCCAGCAUUGCUCCCCACCUAAGCAUGACUGAAUCUUGGGGACCAUUCUGUAUGCUAGGUUUCACAAGUUCAUUGGUAUCUGUGUUCAAAUCCAGCUGUACAGUGUUAACAAGUGUGUCUUGUGAUUCGCUUCAGCCUGGUUCACUAUGAUUUCUGAAUCAUAAUUCCCAUUUUGUACUUAAAUUUGUAUAGAAUUAUAUAAACCCAUAAAAGACCAUGGUUUAUUGUAAAACCCAAAAUACUUGCUAUUUGGCGUCUUCAAUUGCAUGACUGAUCAAAUCUGACAAUGAAGAUGGUGCUUUCAUCUAACAGCAUUGAUUUCAAUGGUAGUAUAUUAAUUUUCUUUUUGUUUGCCAAGCACCUGUUUUUGGACAAUGUUUUGGUUUCAACAGUAAAGCAAUAUGCAGUAGGUAUUGUGGCAUUAUCUCUGUAAUUGUUUUGAAGAGAGAAUUGUCCCUUUCCAACACAUAAUGAAAAUAAAUGCCUUAUAACAAGUUC